AUGUUCAACUAUACUAGCUUUCACGAUGUCUUUCCCACGGAAGUUCAGCUCCCGUACGAUCGCAGGCUGCAACACGACAUUGAAGCGCAUCGCAAGAAUGCCGAUGAUGUCUUAUUCAUUGACCGAGUAAUGCGAGCGCUUGGUAUUUCCAAAGCCAAGGUGUAUCCCCCAAAGACCGAGAAUGCGCUCCGACAAUUACAUCAGCAAAUCUGCGAAGCGGGAAUGUCGAUGCACCACAAAUUCUCCCUCCUUUACUAUAUCCUCCUGGAUUUUGACGAUGCGAGCAAAGAGGUUUUUGUAUCAGAGAGCUUUGCCAGCUUGUCUGGCAUGCCGGCUAACUACCAGCUCUUUAUGAAAGGCCUAUGGCACAUGGAUAGAGAGGAGUAUUCUAGAGCUAUUGAAUACGUCGCGCAUCCGUCAUUAAAUCCUGAUUUCGCCGACGACAUCAUCAUUGCCUUGAUCAAGCAGGCGUCAGACCAGGACUACACUCUCGCUUUGUCGUAUUUCUACUCGGUGCAGCCAAUUUUAAAGUCCCCGGUUGCUCUUGAGCUUCUCUACGACGCCAUGGCUCGCACGAAUGUCACACAGGCGCUUCUAUACUCGCGCACGCACCCGCAACACACCAGAGAACAAUUGUUCCGCCGAUGGAUCUCAUGUGUGCUCAAUAAUGGCGGUGGCGACGACUUGCCCAGCCGCACGAGCGAACUGGCGUUUAUGCCUUUUGAUUCGCUGGAAGAAACUUGGUUCGAAGAAUACCUCACAACGGGUGAGGGAAGGACGUUGAAGAGGGCCAAGGACACGCUGCUGAUUCGCAAGAUUGCCUGUGAUCGGUUCUCAUACGUGGCCAAAGUUCGACCUAGCGGGCAAUGGGCCGGCAUUUUGGAAGGAAUCAAGGGAGGGACCGAGGGCCAAGGGGACUAG